UCCUGUUGACAGGGAGGGUAGCCUGGGAGUGCCGGCCUGGCGGCUAGAGAGGGUGAGAGGGAACUCUGUGGCCCUAGGGGAGAGGCCAGAGGCCAGGCAGCCUCCUGGAAUGGGCACCUGUGGCUGAGGCCCUGGGGGAAGCUUCACUGGCCUGAGGAUAGGAAGGACAUGUGGAGAUGGACAGCAGCUGGGAGAGUGCCCUGCUCAUGCUGGUGGUCCUGGCCGGGCUCGCAGCUCCCGGCUGCGGCUUCCAGAUCGUGGAGGGACCCAGCAACGCCACGGUGGUGGCGGGCGGGCAGGCGCGGUUCAACUGCACGGUGUCCCAGGGCUGGCGGCUCAUCAUGUGGGCCCUCAACAGCACGGUGGUCCUGAGCAUCACGCCCAAGGAGCCCAUCAUCACCAACGACCGCUUCACCUCCGCCAGCUACCAGGCGGGCGCCGACUUCGUGUCGGAGAUGCUCAUCCAGGACGUGCGGCCGGUGGACGCGGGCAGGGUCACCUGCAGCCUGCAGAGCAGCGACCGUGUGGCCUGGGCCUUCCUCUCCGUCCAGGGGUCACUGCGGAGGGCUCAGUAGCCAGCACUACGAACCGAACCCACCACUCCCAGCGGCUGCUUUUCCCUCCCCCCUCUCUAUUUCAUUUGCUAGGACAAAGAGAAAUUGAGGGGGGAGGGAGGGGGAGACAGAGAGAUAACUGCUGCCCUGCUUCACCGCUGGUGAAGUUUCACCCCAGCAAGUGGGGAGCUGGAGGCUCAAACCUGGGUCCUUGUACGUGGUGAUAUGCCAUCGCCCACCCCGUUAUUAAAGAAAGACAGAGAGAGAAGAGGUGAAGGGAGAGACACAGAGAGGAGGGACAGCCCAGCCCUGCCCCAUCCUCUGUGUGGUCACCUGAGCGUUGAGGUCCCCCAGGCGGUGAGGUGAAAGCUGGGCCAGGUGAGCUGUCUCCUGUUCAGUCCAGGGAAGAGGCCAGACACCGCGCUGCCGUUAGGACGCUCCACGUUUUAUCCCCCCUUUCUCUGUCUCGUUUGCGUGAGGGUUGCUGGGGGCCGAACCCCUAGCACUCAGAGUUUGCCUUACCCGCUGAGCUUCCCCUCCCAGCCCAAGACUGACUGUACAGACUGAGUUUUCAUUUCUCAUUUAUUGUCCUUUCAACCCGCUGUUCAUGUGCUCACGUCAGAAAACAGAGUCACAGGAGCAACAACAACAACCAAAAAGCCACACAGGCCACCCGUGCGGGUCCAGACUCACCUGCCGUGUGAGCCCGUGACAAGCACCGGGCUGCGAAGACUCAGUCUGUGUAGCGGCUGUGCUUCCCGACACCCCCACUUCCCUCUGGGGUUCACUGGGCGAGAGUGAGAAUGGGGGGCACAUGUUGGUGGGAAUUCUUGCCGGAGAUCUGCCCCCUGGCCAAUGGGGCUCACAGAAAAGAAAACCCAAGAGCCAGCCUCCUGGCUCCUGCUCGCAGAGUCCUGCUGAGAGUCUGGGGCUUUGAGGUACAAGGGGCAUCGUCGCUUGGCUGAACUUGGGGGUUGUGGGAAGCCGGGUGGAGAGAACCUUAGCCAGGUGCCAGGGGCUGAGAGCAGACGCGUCCCGGGGUGGAGAGAGAAUAACCACAGCCAUCUGCCAGACAGUCGACCGGAAGAGGCCGGUGGGACGCACAGGACACCCCGAGCUGGGACGGUGCCAAGUGCGUGUCCC